AUGAGUCUGUUUGGAACAACCUCUGGUUUUGGAACUAGUGGGACCAGCAUGUUUGGCAGCACAACUACAGAUAACCACAACCCUAUGAAGGAUAUUGAAGUGACAUCCUCUCCUGAUGAUAGUAUUGGUUGUCUGUCUUUUAGCCCACCAACCUUGCCAGGGAACUUUCUUAUUGCCGGAUCGUGGGCUAACGAUGUUCGCUGCUGGGAAGUUCAAGACAGUGGACAGACUAUUCCUAAAGCCCAGCAGAUGCACACGGGGCCUGUCCUCGACGUCUGCUGGAGUGAUGAUGGGAGCAAAGUUUUUACGGCUUCAUGUGAUAAAACUGCCAAAAUGUGGGACCUUAACAGUAAUCAAGCGAUACAGAUUGCACAGCAUGAUGCUCCUGUGAAAACCAUUCAUUGGAUCAAAGCCCCGAACUACAGCUGUGUGAUGACUGGGAGCUGGGAUAAGACUUUGAAGUUUUGGGAUACACGAUCAUCAAAUCCCAUGAUGGUUUUGCAGCUCCCUGAGAGGUGUUAUUGUGCCGACAUGAUAUAUCCUAUGGCCGUGGUGGCAACUGCGGAGAGGGGACUGAUAGUCUAUCAGUUGGAGAACCAGCCUUCUGAAUUCAGGAGGAUAGAAUCUCCCCUGAAACAUCAGCACCGAUGUGUGGCCAUCUUUAAAGACAAGCAGAACAAGCCGACAGGGUUUGCGCUGGGAAGCAUCGAGGGCAGAGUAGCCAUCCACUACAUCAACCCCCCAAACCCUGCCAAAGAUAACUUUACCUUUAAAUGUCACCGAUCUAACGGAACCAAUACUUCAGCUCCUCAGGACAUCUAUGCGGUCAAUGGAAUCGCAUUCCAUCCUGUUCAUGGCACCCUUGCCACCGUGGGAUCUGAUGGUAGAUUCAGCUUCUGGGACAAAGAUGCUAGAACAAAACUGAAAACUUCGGAACAGUUAGAUCAGCCCAUAUCGGCUUGCUGCUUCAAUCACAACGGAAACAUAUUUGCCUACGCUUCCAGCUACGACUGGUCCAAGGGCCAUGAAUUUUAUAAUCCUCAAAAGAAAAAUUACAUUUUCCUGCGGAAUGCAGCCGAAGAAUUGAAGCCCAGGAACAAGAAGUAG